UGAUGAGACACACUGAUGAAAGUUGACAAAGAUUUAUUACUAGACGUUCAAGAAAUCGAGAAUGCAGCCCAGAAAGACACCAUGUCGGCGAUAACCAUUGCCUAUAUAAUCACUGUCCCGGGGAUUAUCAUCAUUUGUAUUGGAGUUAACGUUGUAACCUAUAGAUGUGGCGUGAAAAAAGGUCGGAGGAUAGAACGCAAGCACAAUUUACAUGGAUUCCAAGAGGAAACACAAGCGGUUCAUUAUCAACAUUAUCACAAUGAUGAUGAAAACCCGGAAGCUCGACCUUUAGCACAACAGGGUCCUUCCGCUGGCCAAGUAUCCAUCGACCCAACCCAUGACUAUGCUGCGUACGAUGAAAUAAAAGACCAGAGACAACGCAUGCAAGAGUCGCAGAGAAGGAAAGAGGGAGGCUAUUUGACACCAGUUUCCCAAGAUCAGAGUCGGGCACUCCCCCCUGUAAGAACUAAUGGAGAUGGCUACAUCUCCCCAAAGGCAGCAGCAAAAAAAUCACUCGAGGAGAGCCGGAAAACUAGCAAAUCUGACUCGCCAUCACCUCCUGGUAAUGGGGGUUACAUUUCACCUUUACAACAGGAAAAGAAUACCUCUGAAAAAAUGGGUUCUGGCAAUAGCGAUUCCAGCUCGGAAAAAUCUGAUAAAUCGGAUAAAUCUAGAAAAUACCAGAACGAGCCGUCUAGCAAAUCCUCACCUAAAACAAAGGCACUUUACGAGUCGCUUAAAGAUACCGGUGUCACUCAAGAGCACCAGUAUAUUGAACUACAGACUUAAUUGUAAAACACUUUUUGUUCUUUUUAUUCUCUUUCAUUGUUUGUUUUUACCGUUAAAUUGUUACUAAUCAUUCCUUUUAAGAUUAAAAACGUGUCAUUGAAAACAUAUAAAUACCAUAAAAUAUUUAUUAUUUAAUGACUCCUUGAUAUUUUCAUGGUGUUUCAGGUGUGUUUGUGUUCUUGAAAGUUUUGUCUGUAUUUUUUGCUAUAUUAUAUUUUUUGCAUGAUAGUUAUAUGCCAGCAAAUUUUCAUCUUCAUCUAAUAUUUAAAAUAAGCAUGUUUAAGUAUAUUCCAUCUAAGCGCUUUUCAAUAUCAGUUUGAUAUAUGCACAGGAAGCUAAAGAUUUCGUUGGCCAAAAUGUGGAUUAAAUGUGUUGUGGUAAAAAAUUAUGUCACUGCUUUAUAAAUUUUUAAUUUUUAAAUUUCUUGCUCUUUUGCUUUUUAAUUUUAUUCUAUGUUUGUGGGUUAAUUGUGUCUGUACUGUAUGCCUUAUCAUGUAUCAAAGCUUAUAAUGUACUAUUUCUCAUAUUUUGUCUCUUCAUCAAUAAACAGUUUUCAUAGAAAUAACAUCUUGUCACCGUACUUGGUAUCAAGUGAGUAUAAUAAAAUAAUUAUAAACAUGGAAUACAAUAAAAAAAACUAUAUGAAAAUGACCUCUGAUUUAACGCUCACCAAGCUGAAAAACUGACUGAUUAUGAUGAACUUUAUUUUAAAAACGUAGCUAUAUCUAUAUUAUCCAGUUUUCAUCAUUCAAUCUGAGUUGUAAGAUUGUAUUACUCAAGCAUUAUGUUACUGGAAAUUAUGACUAUCAGGAGACUAUUAACUUCCAUUUCUAAUGCAAUUAAUGAUUCAUACAUGUAGGACAAAGAAUGUUUUGUUUAAUUAAAACAAAUUUGAUGUACUUUAAAUGAAUCCUCAUUCAGAAAUCACGUAGCUGUUAUUCAAACACUUCUUGUGUAAAUAUUACUUACAAAGUUUUGACAAUAAAUCAUUCGUAUUCGUGUUCCACUUCAUCUAAGCAUGUCCUAAAUAGGUGCUUAAAUGACGCAGUGCGUGCUAGGUAUCCAAAUGACGCAAUUUAGGGUUAUUUUAGUAGAUUUUUAGUUAGGGAUUGGAUACCUACACAACGCGUAAAGAUAUGAGAUAAAUUUACGACAUUUUUGAAGACCUAAGAC